AUGGAACUUCAGCAUUUCUUCCACCACCAUCCUUUGGCCUCGACUUAUUACACGACAUCUUCUUAUAGAAGAGAUUGUGAGGGGUGCAGGGAAGAAAUAUUGGGUUUUAGUUACAGUUGCCAAAUGUGCCAGUUCUUCCUCCACAAAUCAUGUGGCGAACAACCCCGCAAGUUGCCGCACCCAUUGCACCCGAAACAUCCUCUUUUUCUCCGCGUUAUCCCAAUUGAGAACAAGAAGUGGUGUUAUUUCUGCAAUGCAUUAGUCGAGGGCUUCGCUUACAAUUGUCCUCGCUGUAAUUUUAACCUUCAUCUUAAAUGCGCUUCUAUACCCUUCACCCUAAAACCUGAAUUUCACGACCACCCAUUGAAGCUCCUGCGGAAAUCAGUCUCCUUCACUUGCGAUGCAUGUGGGAAAGAAGAUGAAGACAUGUACUCUUACGUGGACACUGACAGAGCUUAUUAUUGCUCAAAAUGCAAUUUUGUUGCCCACCUUGUUUGUGCUACACGCGAGGGAGAAACCGAGGAAAUAAAGAAGCCUCUUGAGUCGACAGGUAUCCUUAAAAACGAAGAUUCAGAACUGGAUGAAUCCAUUGACUCAUUACCUUAUGCUGUGAAGAAGAUGAAGAUAGGAGAGGAUAAAAUUGAAAUACCCGAAGAAAUCAAUCAUUUUAGUCAUCAACAUGACUUAAAGCUUACAGAGGAGCUUCUGAACAAUGAACAAUGUGAUGGGUGUAUGCUUCCUAUAUCUACAUCCCCAUCCCCACAAUUUUACAGUUGUGCUCAAUGCAGAUUUUUUCUUCAUAAAUCUUGUGUUGAAUUACCCAUAAAAAAGCUACACCCAGUCCUUCACCCCCACCUCCUCACCCUCUUCACAAAGGCACCUUACGCUUCUAGCGGGUUCAGUUGUAAUGUUUGUGAUAGGCUAUGUAAUGGCUUCACCUACCAUUGUAAGGAUUGCACGUUUGAUGCAGAUGUCCAAUGUAGUUUGAUCUCAGACAUCCUUACACAUGACGGUCACGAGCACCCACUGAUUCUAUCAAGAGCACCCGGUAGUGAGAAUUGUAGUUGUUGUUAUAAUAGUGGAAGAGUAUUCAAGUGUGCUGAUUGCGAAUUCACUUUGGAUGUCAAAUGCGCUACACUGCCACAUACCAUGAGGUACCGACGCUUUGAACAACCCUUCAAAUUGUGUUAUAAGGCUGAAGAAGAUUAUGAGGACGAUGAAUAUUAUUGUGACAUUUGUGAAAAAAAACGAAAUCCAAAGCACUGGUUUUAUUACUGUGCAGAUAUGAGUUUCCCUGCUCAUCCCAAUUGCAUUCUUGGAAAAUCUCCGUAUUAUAAAUGA